AUGUCCAAGCUUUUCCAGCCUCUAAAGGUUGGUAGAAACGUCUUGCCUCAUCGCAUAGUGAUGGCACCACUUUCACGAUAUCGCAACACAGAUGACCAUGUGCCUCUGGAUAUGGCAGUCGAGUAUUACUCCGCCCGAGCGGCCGUUCCCGGAACGCUCAUUAUCAGCGAAGCAACAGCCAUAUCUCGAAGCGAUGAGACUGAUCCAAAUGGCCCUGGUAUCUGGAGUGAUGACGAGAUUGCCCAAUGGAAGCGUAUCAUCAGCGCUGUACAUGCCAGGGGUAGCUUUUUUGUACAACAGAUCUGGAGCCUAGGCCGCGCAGGUGACGCGCAAUUUGCGAGAUCCAAAGGCACCAAAUACGCAUCUAGCAGCCCAAGUCCCAUGGAGGGAUAUGAUACGAUACCCGAGGAGCUCGCUGAGGAGGAGAUCUGGGCCAAAAUCGACGGGUUUGCCCAAGCCGCGAAAACAGCCAUUGCCGCAGGGGCGGAUGGCGUUGAGCUGCACGGCGCCCACGGCUACUUGAUCGACCAGUUCACUCGAGAGUCUAUCAACAAGAGAACUGAUGAAUGGGGUGGCUCCGUUGAGAACAGGGCGCGCUUUGCCAUCGAAACCGUCAAGGCCGUUGCCGCUGCUAUAGGGGCAGAGCGCACGGCCAUUCGUCUCAGCCCUUGGGCGACUUUCCAAGGCGCCACAUCCCCUGAUCCACAGGCCCAGUUUCUAUAUAUGCUGCACGAGUUCAAACGGCUGGAAUUGAACCUUGGAUAUAUCCACCUGGUAGAAGCGACCGGUGACCCUGUCACUUGGCUGUACGAGAAGGAAGAGGAACUUGACCAGCACAAGACAUACAGGCGUAACACACUCGAGUAUCUGCUGGAAGAAUGGGACAACUGGUCACCAGUCAUCAUCGCUGGUGGGUAUACUGCGGAGAAUGUCUUCCCAGCUGUAGAUGGCCUUUACGCUAAAUGGGAUAUCGCCGUUGCAUUUGGACGAUAUUUUAUCUCUAAUCCAGACCUGGUAUUCCGCAUCCAAGCCGGUAUUGAGCUAAGUCCCUACAAGCGGGAUAGCUUUUAUGCUAAGAAAACUGCUGAAGGGUACAUUGAUUAUCCCGCCAGCGAAGAAUUUCUAAAAGAAAGCCAGGCGCCACCAUAUUUAUAG